AAAGGGGUCGAAAGCCAGUCUCCGGGAACCUGUCAGGUUCCACUGCCAGGGACCGCCAGGCUUCACUGUAUCGAGAUAGGGACUUGGCGACGGAGUAGAGAAGGACAGACAGACAAACUGACGGUCACAGUGCUGAGGAUUCCCACUCUGUCCGGGCUGUUACCCCAAUAAAUCCGGCGUCCCUCGUGUGUGGGGACGUUUCAGCCACAGCCCAGACUCCGGAUCCCAGGAAUUUAGCCCGAGAUGGAGAGACCCGCUGAUCCGUCGGGGCUAGGACUACCCAGGCGACCUGGAUCCCUUCUGAGGCAGAUGGGACACAGAAAUUAGCGGUGGACAAGAGGAAAGAAAGAAGGCACGGAUCAAGAAGAUCAUGCAGACGGACGAAGAGAUUGGAAAGGUGGCGGCGGCUGUGCCUGUCAUCAUCUCCCGGGCGCUCGAGCUUUUCCUGGAGUCGCUGUUGAAGAAGGCCUGCCAGGUGACCCAGUCCCGAAACGCCAAGACCAUGACUACAUCCCACCUGAAGCAGUGCAUUGAGCUGGAGCAGCAGUUUGACUUCUUAAAGGACCUGGUGGCAUCUGUGCCUGACAUGCAGGGGGAUGGAGAAGACAACCACAUGGAUGGGGACAAGGGUGCCCGCAGGGGCCGGAAGCCAGGCAGCAGCAACCGGAAGAAUGGUGGAAUGGGAAGCAAAGGGAAGGACAAGAAGCUGUCGGGGACAGACUCGGAGCAGGAGGAUGAUUCUGAAGAUACAGAUACUGACGGGGAAGAGGAAACACCACAGCCCCCACCCCAGGCCAGCCACCCCCCUGCCCACUUUCAGAGCCCUCCAACGCCCUUCCUGCCCUUCACCUCCACUCUGCCUUUGCCCCCGGCACCCCCAGGCCCCUCGGCACCUGACGCAGAGGACGAAGAGGAUUAUGACUCCUAGCACCCUCUGCCCCCCAGGCCGUACCCCCUUUUAGUUGGUUUUAGUCGUUCUGGGGGGAGGAGAGAAGACAGAAUUGUUCUUAAAUUUAUUAAUAAAACAGUAAUAAAAGAGUA